GUCCUUUUAAAAUUUGAAUUUUGUCUUUUAAUUUCGAUGUUUUCUUAUUGUUUUUUCCUGUAGCUUCACAUUGAUUAUUAACAACAUUUUAGCCGAAUUCUCUUUUUGUUUUUUUUGUUGUUGUUGCACAAGUCGACAAUGAGUGUUACUGGUUUUAGCUAUUAUUUUGUCAUCGUUGGUCGAUCGGAUAAUCCAUUAUUUGAAUUGGAAUAUUCUACAAAAGGAGCUGAUCCUAAUCUAGAUCAUCGUUAUCUAACACAAUUUGUUGCUCAUGCUGCAUUGGAUCUAGUUGAAGAACAUUCAUGGACAACGCCGAACAUGUAUCUAAAAUGUGUAGAUAAAUUUAAUGAAUGGUUUGUUACAGCAUUUGUUGGUGGAAAUUCAAGAAUUAAAUUCCUAUUAUUACAUAAUGCACCACGUAUUGAUGAAAAUAAUAUUAAGAAUUUUUUUCUUGAAAUGUAUGAAUUAUAUACAAAAUUUGCAUUGAAUCCAUUAUAUGUUCAUCAUACACCAAUACAAUCGAAAGCAUUCGAAAAGAAAUCCAAUAAUAUAGCGAAAAAAUAUCUACCUUAAAAUUUUGUUUUCAUUUUU